UUUUUUUUCCUCUACUGCCCCCCCCCGCUUUGCUGUUUUAAUUGGGUCCUGUUUAUUGGCGAUCGCGGAGCAGGGUUAAAGCAGCCCCUCUCUUGACCGGGGACUAUUGAAGGUUUCAUUUUUGCUUUUUUUCUCUUGACUCCAUGCGAGUUUAGGAGAAAAGAAAGAGGAGAGAGGGAAGGGGAGGGGGAAGAGGGCAGCCACUUUUUUUUUCAACUCCCUUGACAGCGUGCAGGAAAAGGUUUUAAGGGCAUUAGCCCUUAACAACCUCCAGAGCUUGGGCUGAGUAUUCCUGUAUCCCCGGAGAACUGGCCUCUCUGUUGUCGACGCGGACGGGGAAAAACAGCUGCCUCGCUUGAUCUUUUUCUCUCCCUGUGAGAUCUUUAAAGCAAAAAAAAAAAAAAAAAUUGCAGCAGCUUGUUGCUGUUGUUGAUCCCCCCUCCUUUUUAACAUUUCUUUGAGCCCGACAUUUCCUGCAGGAAGAACCGCGUCUCGGCUCCACUCCACUGGCCAUGCUCGCCGCUACCUGCAACAAGAUCGGCAGCCCCAGCCCCUCGCCGUCGGUCCUGUCCGACAGUACCUCAUCCUUCGGCAAAGGCUUCCAUCCGUGGAAACGUUCUUCAUCUUCGGGAAGCUGCAACGUGGUGGGCUCCACUCUGAGUGGCGUCGGAGUCUCGGCCUCGACCCGUAACGGUUCUUCAGCUCACGCCGCGGCUGCGGCAGCGGCAGCUGCUGCGGCGGCCGCCCUGGUCUCGGACUCCUUCAGCUGCGCCGGCUCGCCUGGAUCCAGCGCCUUCUCACUCACGUCGAGCGGCGCGGCGGCCGGCUCGCCCUUCGCCAACGACUACUCGGUGUUCCAGGCGCCCGGGCCGUCGGGUGGUGGCGGCGGAGGCGGCGGCGGGGGGGCAGCUCCAGACACAGCCGCCGCUCAUCAGCCGGUCUUCAUCUCCAAGGUGCACACCUCGGUGGAGGGCCUGCAGGGCAUCUACCCGCGCGUGGGCAUGGCGCACCCCUACGAAUCCUGGUUCAAGCCCUCGCACCCGAGCGACGCGGGCGCCUCCAGCUGGUGGGACGUGGGCGCCGGCUGGCUGGACGUGCAGAACCCCAACGGCGUCCACCCGGCCGCUGCCGCGGCCAGCGGGCUCCAGGCGGGCUCCCUGCACUCGCCGCUUGGCGCCUACAACUCGGAUUACUCUGGCCUAGCGGGCCACUCGGCCUUCAGCAGCAGCGCCGCCUCCUCGCAUCUCCUCAGUCCCGCUGGGCAGCAUCUCAUGGACGGAUUUAAGCCGGUUCUGCCGGGCUCCUACCCGGACGCGGCCCCCUCACCACUGACGUCCGGAGCCGGAGCCUCCAUGCUGGGCGCCGGACCCUCCGCGCCACUAGGCGGCUCCCCGCGUUCGUCGGCCCGGCGUUACUCGGGCCGCGCCACUUGUGACUGCCCCAACUGCCAGGAGGCGGAGCGGUUGGGCCCGGCGGGUGCCAGCCUGAGGCGCAAGGGCUUGCACAGCUGCCACAUCCCCGGCUGCGGCAAGGUCUAUGGCAAGACGUCCCACCUCAAGGCGCACCUGCGCUGGCACACGGGCGAGCGGCCCUUCGUCUGCAACUGGCUCUUCUGCGGCAAGCGCUUCACGCGCUCGGACGAGCUGCAGCGCCACCUGCGCACGCACACGGGCGAGAAGCGCUUCGCCUGCCCGGUGUGCAACAAGCGCUUCAUGCGCAGCGACCACCUCAGCAAGCACGUCAAGACUCACAGCGGCGGCGGCGGCGGCGGCGGGAGCGGUAGUGGUGGCGGCUCGGGGGGCGGCAAGAAGGGCAGCGACACCGACAGCGAGCACAGCGCCCCCGGCAGCCCGCCCUGCCAUUCGCCGGAGCUGCUCCAGACCUCCGAGCCGGGCCACCGGAACGGCCUGGAGUGAAAUCCGCCCUGAGCGCGCCGGCGGAGGCCAGGCGGGAGGAGGACCAGGCUUUGCUCUUCCCGGCUCUCGCCUCUCUCCUCCCCCUCUUCGUCCUCUGUUUCUCCUUCUCCCCUUCUUGUUCGGAUCCACCACGCUUUCAGUCCUCCCAUUUCGUAGCCUCCCGCCCGCUGGGCCAAAGGGGAUCUGGACGUCGAAGUAACGCAUUCCAGCCAACGCGGACUCGCAGCCAGAUCCCUGCCCAGAAAAGGGACUUCGGUUGCCGAGCAGCUGCUCCAGAGACACCCGCGCCGGAGGGGAAGAGGUUUGGGGCGCUCCAAACAGUGGGAGGGCGGGGAUCGGGCUCUCGGCAAGGACCAGAGCCUCUCUGAGAAGGAGAGGCGGCUGCCCGGGGGCGUAGGGAAUAGGAGAGGCGGGAAAGCCCAAGACCUCCCGCUGAAAGCACUUUGAAUAUUGUGAGAUGCUUUUUAUUAAUAUUAUUAUUAUUUCAAAGAAUUGCUCCAAAAGUUAAAUUUCUAUUCAGUUUUGCUCCGAAACUGCAGCGCUCACUUGCUUUCUCUGGAAUAUUGCAAUUAAUAGGAUUACUCUGGAGGAUGUGGGUGAAACCUAAAAAGUAUGCGUGUGUGGAAGUGAGAGUGUGAAUGUAGGCGUGAUCGCCUAGCGCCCCAUUUGCAAUUCAGUUCUGUCAAAGAGGAUCCCGCCUUGGUAGAUAUUACAAAAUAAGAUGGGCUAGGCUUUUCUUUCGGAUGUCUUUUCUGUCUAGCACUUCCAAGUAUUCUGUGCUUCAGCGAGCGGCUCAAAAUAACUGAGAUUCUGGUCUUAGUUGGAGGUUUAUCUUUUAUUUCUUAAAAAAAGUUCUAACAAGAACAGAUCAGGAACUUUCCAGUAAAUGGAUGCUUAGGAUACCAUUGACUUGGGCAGGGGAAAAUCAGAUUUAGCAACCAUUAAAGAAAAAUCCCCUUGUUUAACCAACUCGGCAUACAGCCAUUGAGCCUUCACUCAGAAAUUAGUGAGGCUGGGUUUCAUAGACUUAAGUCCAAAAUUGUUUUCAUAGACAAUUAUAAAAAAAUUACCCUUCAAUCCCAUUUACUCAGAAUUAAGGCAAACUGAAUUAAAGUCCCAAAGUUAAACGGUGAGGAUCCUUUCUGAGUAUCUCUAGGAUUGCAUAGUAAAUUGCCUUAAAAUACUAUCUUUUGCAUGCUUUCCUAGGGAUAAAUUCCAUUCAGCAUAAAGAUAUUUAUUUUUGGCUAAUAUUCAUAAAGCUGGGCUGCACCCAUUCUGGUCAGUUAGUUUAUACCUCUAUAAGUCCAACUAGUUUUAAAAGUUUUUAAUUGGGCUAUUAAUUCGAGUUUUCUGCUGUAAUCAAGCAUUGCUUAAAUCAUGGUAAAAAUUGACUCUGCAAAAUGCUUCCUGGAAAAAGUGUAAUCAAUUGGUGCAGCUCAACCACUUUAAUUAUAUAAAUUUUAUAAUUGUUGUUGAAAGUUAUGACCCAUAUAUAAAGUCAGUCCCAUUGAUUUCAAUGAGAUACUAAAAACCAUUUCUAAUAUUUUCUUUCUCAGUCAGAUCAGUACAACUCAAAGUAGUUAUUUGACUGGCUAAUAUCCAUUAGUUAAAUAUAAGGGACUUCCAGUCUCCCCUAUUAUUCUUUUAGAAGUUAGAGGAAAAUAAUGUAAUUAAAUUACUUCUGUCUAGAUUAGUUUCUUCCCCAUUCUUAAAAGAAAGUACCAACACCUCUGCUUAAUUUCCAAAGCCCAGCAUCUCAUGUGAUGCUCUGAAAACACCAAGGAUAUAAUUUAUUCUAAUUCAUAGCAUAAUUUUUCUGACAGUAAGAAAUAUGAAACCAACCUGGUUUUUCUGCAAGUCUAUAGUUUGCUAAAAAAAAAAAAAAAAAACCCAGCCAACCAAACAAAAACACAAGGGGAUAAAGACAAAUAUUAGUAAAAUAGUUCUAAACCUAAUGACUUGUACAACAGAAAUCGUUGUAAAAUAGUUAACACUUUAAUAUAAUUCCACCACUGUAUUGGUGUGAGGCGCAGUUGUCCAGGGGACGAUUUUGUAUAGUAUUUUUCUUGUAUAUUACUUCCAGUAAAUAUUUGAAAAUAUAUCAAAGUACACUUGAGCUUUCUUAAAAAAAAACAUUUUCCUUUUUUGUCACAAAAUAUUAAAUCAUUAUUGUUGCAGUCUUAAUAAACUGCAUUUUUUUAAAAAAGAUGUCCUUUGAAGUGUACAGCAAAUUGCACUUCAGAAUAUAGUUUUGCUUGAAUAUUAAUUUAGUUAGGCAUAAGACUGUAAUUAAACAAAAAAGAUUGGAUAAAUGUUGAAUGCCAUUUCAUUUAAUGGAGCAUGUACUUUUUUGCAUUUUCUGACAGUUCAGGUAUAGUUUAAGUGAGAAUUCUCUUAUAUUUCACACAGUGGGCUCAUCUAGACCCAUAUAUUAAAUAAACUGUCCAAAUGAUGCAGACAAAUAAUGGCCUGUGCUUUUCCUGAAAAUAAAUAUGGUGAAUGUUAAUAACACACUUUUGAUGUUACCUAAACAACACAAUCCUAUGCAUGUUUUCUUAGGGAUCCUACUGUCUUCAGUAGGUCUUAUUCCUAAAUAUGGAUAAGAUUGUUGUCUGCAAGUUUGCAAACUCUGCAAACAAAUUGUCUCAUUGUAAUGUUGAAAUAAGUUUGGAUAUUUCACAUUGAAAUGAAAAGAAUGAAAGAAACAAAGGAAGAAAGAAAAAGCCUUUCGCUGGAAUACUUUAAAAAUUGCAUUUUAAAUGCAUGAAAUGUAAUUGACUUUUAUCUGUAAGAUUUUAAAUGGAAUUAAUAAACAGCACAUAAAAUAUUUGUUGUUAGGGUUAGUUAAUUUCUUUCUCAGGAUAAUAAUGGGGUAUCUUCAAGACAUUGCAAUUUGUUUUUCCGGGACUGGGAUCCCUUUUGAAAAUAACAUAUUAGACUCUGCACCUUCACGCAGUCUUCCUGGGCAAGUCUCUCUAAAAGUAAUAGGUAAAUGUCUGCUCAGGAAAGAACCUCUAUUAAGCACAGCUGGAUUUGGUUUGAGGUAAGAAGCUUUAGCAACUAAUGUAACACACGUAGCUCCCACCCCCAUUUCUGUUGCUUGUGACAACAAACACUUUCACAUUCAGAUAUUAGUUUGUUAAUGAUUCUCAGGACAUCAACCGGAACAGUUAAAUUUUGGGAAUAUUAUUCAGUGCUUGGCUCGCUGUGUGCAUGGAGUGCUCGUUUUUAUUAUUUUACAAGUAGCCUGACUUACAACGCAUUUCUUCUUACAGACAAUGAGUGAAUGAGAUACAAAACUGGUAUUAUCCUAUGACGAUUGAACAACUAUUAAGUACAUUGACCCCUGUUAUUGAUCCUUAAUGCCAGCAGGAUAAGAACAAACACAUUCCUUGAAGCUACUUUUCGGGUCAAGCCGUUUAGGAGCAGAGAUUGGGGGGGAGGGGGAGGAGUAGUUUAAGAGAAAAGAACCAAGCUAACUAUUGAGCAGGAAUAGAUCCAAGCCUGAAGUUUGAAAGUUGCUGAUUAUUCUGACCCCUGGCUCUUCGUCACCCUAAAAAGAGAAAUCCUGUUUGGUUUUAAUGUAAAGAAAAGAUUACGGAAUCGGCAGUCAGUGGAUUUUUUUAAAAGAAAGUGCUGUCCGAAUCCCGUCGCCACUUCCUCCAGGAGAGAACAGAUACCUGGAAAAAAAUGCAAACUUGAGGUUGGGGGAAUUCUGGCGCCAGAUUGUUCCCUUUGAUUUCGUUCAUCUCCGGGGUGCAAUCCCGAGAGCUGGCACUUUGCGGUUUGGCCAGUGAUUUCGCGUGGCACCUCCCUUUCCAACUGGGAGGCAAAAGUGAAAGUUAAGCUAGGCUGUAUAUAAUAAUGGGAAAAGUAACCAGCAAAGUGAGAGCCCUAGUCUUGUCGGGGAGCUGAGAGUUGCGAAAUAACCACAACUGUAAAAAUAUAUCUGCUGUAUAGCUGCCGUUGUUUUUAUCUCCCGGAUUUUGAGGUCUUUGUAAGGCACGCUUUGCAGUUUUUCCCCAGCCUCCAUAUCCUCCAAGCAAAGAAAAAGGCCGCCGGUAUCACGGGCGCACCGGUGCUCCCUCCCCCCGCCACCUUUUCGCUUUGGCAAAGGCCGGAGCGCAAAGAGUGGAAAGGGGAAAGUUGAAGUUGGAGGUCCGGCAGGCGAGACAGCGCCGAUCUCUCCUUUUUUCCCCCUGCCUGGCAAGGUGGACUUCGAGGCUGGGGGCGGGGAAGGGUUUGGCUGCCCCACAGGAGGCCCCCGAGGUGAUUCCAGGCUCCCGCUGGAAAAAGCUGAAGCUGCUUUUGGCUUGAUGCCCUGAGUGUGCAUGGUCUAUUCUGCACUACUGAGUGGGAACUGCGGAGGUGAAGGAGGUCUCGACCUUAGUGCAAAAAGGGAAGGGGAAAAAAAAAAAAAGAAGGCCGCUUUCUGCAGGUUCACGGAUGUUUUCAGCCGAAAUCUCUCAGCCGGGUUGAGGGAGGGAGGCAGCGGGCGGGCGGGGAGGCGGAGGCAGUCCGCCUUAGCUAUUUGCUCUUUGACUUUGUAAAUAGAUUUUCUACAAAGCUGCCUUGGGUGUCCUGCCCCAAGUUUAAGUCAAUGAGGAAGUGGUGCGGGGGCAGAACCAAUACUUGGAAUUAAUAUCUUAGGAUCGCGCCAGCUCUCUCUCCACUUAGGUGUUUCCAGUUGGAGCAGGACUAGCCAAACUGGAUUUAUUUGGAUCCAAUGGGGGGAAAGAAGAGAGAGAAGAAACUUGCACCCAGUAUUCCAUGUUCCUUUGCUCAGUUACAUAACUGAGAACGUGCGUUUGACACCUUCUACCACAGACCAUGCUUAACCCCCUCGCUUGAAGUGGUAGGAUGUGACCCCACUGACUAUGAUGGAGCUAAGCAUUGCUGCAGUCCUAAUAUGCAGUCUCACGUGGCCAAAUUUUAAAAGAAGGAUCCCAAAUCCUUCUUUUAAAAGUGAGCUCCGUUGAAUCCUGUCCAAAGAAGACUGUAUUAGGAUCGCAGCCUUGUAAGUAUGUUACAUUCAACUCGAAGUAAACGCAUUUAGGAUCAGGCUCUAACUCAACUGGCAUCUAAUUCGGAGCUUUGGAAAGAAUAAUAAAUAAUACACUGUGUGCGAAGGUGCCUCUCUGAAAGAAAAGAUAAAGCUUAAAUUAAGGCAUGGAAUCAUUAACCACAAGUGUCUUUCUGCCACGAUUCGGGAACACGUGCACGGACGUGUGGUGGUUUAAGAUUCUUCUUACUCUUGGUUGUGGGCAGUCUCAUUUCUGAGUCUCCGAGAUUUAAAGGCAAACUUUAGUACUAGUCAGCUUUCCUUGCUCCGUGCAUCUCCUUUGGAAAGGUGCCUUGUUCGCCUUGUGGACUGAGAACUUCCGAAGAAAUGCUUUACUUGCUUCCUUUUUAGACCUAAUACGCGAUAGGUGCUGAGGUCACACAGUAGACUGGGCCAGACUAGGAGGCUAAGAUAAAACAAGACUGGGCCGUUUGUGUUGUGGGAACCCAGUCAGCCACUAUCGAGGUUUACAUGUAAGAAGCCAACCCGUGAAACUAUAAAACGACUCCUUGGGCUAGAGCAUAUUUCUGCAGACAAAGCGUUAUGUUUUGUUAAUCCUGGUUUAAGGUUGAAUAGGCUUUGUAACCUCAGCUGCAGGGUCGAUCACGGACAGAGUUGAAAUCCCUGCUCAGUUUGGAAAGGCAGGCGGAGAUUUGGGUCAAUCACUAUUCCGCAGUCGAACCAACUUCAAAGCCUUGUCGAAGGAUAAAGGGGGAGGAAAAGGGAGAGGGCGUUGCUGUUUGGAGAGAUGAUGGUUUAAAUUUACACAGAGUUAAAAUAAAGAUUUGAUGCUGGACAGAAAGUUCCUUCCAUAGGUGUCAGGAAAAGCAAGAAUUUGAGGCUAAUUUAUUGUGUAUUAAUAUGUAUUCUAAAUUCGGCACUGGCACUUAUUAUCGAUCUAGAAGAAAGAUGCGUUCCAGAGCCACUGAACGAAAUCUUAAAAUAGUUUAUCUCUUCCUUGGUUGUGUCACGAUCCUAACUAUUCUGGGGUUUUGUUUUCGAAGAAUUGCUCUUUUCCUUGAAGGAGCUUCUUCACAGCACCAGGAAUUCAGUGGCAUGUCCAGACUGGGUCGCUAGGCUGCCGUCCCAAAAUACCCUUGCAGCCAUUCUCUUGAGGAAAACGCCAGACUGACUUCCGGGCACUAUUAUCUCUAUUAGAAAAGAUGCAACUUUCGAAGUGCCUGAGGGAAGGAGCUAGAAAUCUCCCCACUCACAAGAUUUACUGUGACUGACUGGCUAGAAAAUUCAAUUAGCACUCUGUAGGAUAUUUAUACUCGCAAAAUUUCAAUCCUGAGAUAACACAGGAAUUCCUACCGGAAUCUGCGAAGAUAAAAUGGCUUAGGUUUCAGUUAAAUGCAGGGAAAAACAUAAACUCGCGGAAUUUGGGUCAGUCCCCAAAACACGCGGGGAUCUGAAUCCUCGUGUCGCUUUACACUCCUGCAAUAAAGCCUGAGGCGGUGCUUUGAGUCCCUUGCGAAAUAAUUGCAGGACACUUGUUCCUGGGGCUGGGAUAGAAGUGUCGUUUCCUGGAAAAUACCCCCCUCCCCUCGAUUUUACUUUUGCCCAGUCUAGAGCAAUUACACAUCCCGGGUUAAGAGGCCAUCCUAAUUCUUCAUCGCCUGAGGGAAUGAGGGGACCUCCUGUCCAGGUGACUAUCCCUUCCUUCCCUAUGAGCCUCAAUGGGGAAUAGUGUCUUGAAAGAACCAGAGGAAGUUGCUUGAGCUCCGGCCGGGAAAGCCCAUGUCCGGAGGCAGGUUUACGCGAAAAAUAUGGAAGCAGUUUUGGGUGAAAGUAUCCGAAGGCGACCUCCAUUUGACAGGGCAUUCGAUACUAGCACCCCCGCCGGCGUUUUCUACUGUUUUGUGUGGUCACCGGUCUUAAAAUUAUUAUCUCUCCACUCGGCUUCGCUUUUGGCCCUCUGUCCUCUGUCCGUAAGUGUCUUAGAGACUUUGGUGCGCGUGGGUGCGAAGGAGCCUUUAGGAAUCCAGAAGGCACCUUUACGCCUUACAAUCGGGUGGACGAAAGGGAGUGACUGCGCGAUGGUUUCCAAAGCCGACUUCGGUGCUCGCGCGGAAGUGCUGAAGCGCCUGACAGCACAGCCGAGCGCGCCGACUUCGGGAGUGGAGAAACAGCGCCGCCUGCCGACUGAAUCGAAGCUGCUACGGGCGCUGGCCUAAAGACUGAGGCGCCGCGAGGCCCGCAACCGAGAGCUUUUUUAAGUUGGCCAAAACUUUCUGCCAGUUUUGUUAGACGCAGGAUCGAUGCAGAAAAUGUUGUUUUUGUUGUUGUUUUAUUUAAAAAAUACAUUAAAGGAAAUUAAAGAUGGAAAGAUUGAGGUAGAGGGAUUAAAAUGUAAACGUAUGUAUAUAGCACUGUGUUUUUCUUGCCCAUUUUUCUUGCCCUCCCUUCCUCGCUGAUCUCGCGGUUGGCGCUUUAUUUUUCUCUCGUUGCGCCCACCUCGGCUUCUGCCAGCCCAAGUGCUACUCAGCGGAUCUGAGGAAGCUGGCUAAGUUUCCUCAGAUCUGUUUCGCUCCUCCUUGGCUCCAACCUGCUUAGCUGCGGACUUUUAGUGGGACCCAGCCUUUCUUCCAGCUACAUCAGAUCUCACCGGAAUAGAGCGAAGAAGAAAUAUUUUUCAGAAUCGGUGGUUAAAGCAAAGGAACCAACAGAAUUAAAGGAAACGCCGCGCGGAAUGAGAUCUCCUUCCGUGUUUUAAAAGAUCUCCUUCCGUGUUUUUAAACCCCAGAACUAAAAGCAACUGAAAUGGAGACAUUUAGUCUGCUCCCUGCUGAGGCACCUGCUUUAAUUUCUUUACAAAGGAAAUCUAAUAUAAACAAUCAAAUAUUUCUGUAGCAUGUACAAGGACUUAAAGCGCUUAAGUGCAACAAAAAAUCAUGGCUUGAUAGAUGUUCGGAUAGGGAGCUUCAUGAUAUAUAUUAAAAAAUAUGCUAAACUUUGACGAUGAUGAUGAUGAUAAUAGAAGUAACCCUUCCUGGUGACAGUAGAAAAACCAGGUCUAGCUAGAAUUGCUAAAGUUGGUGUAGAGAUGAAUCUAACCUAUAUAACAGACACAACUUUGCCAUUUUCAAGAGAUGCAUGCUGUUCCAACCUGAUUCAAACCUCAGUAACAAAGGUUCCAAAAACAAUUCUGGCUAUGUAUUUCUGUGAUAUGGAACAUUAUCUACAGAAGUGAAAUUCAUUUGUUUUGGUUCAAUUUUUGUUGGUCCUUUUGUCCAUACAUUCACAUAUUGUCUACUCUUCUCAACAGCAGUAUUGGAUAAGAUGAUCAACUGGAUCUCUGGAAACCUGCUUCAAGUUCAACUUUAGCUCUGGAAGUUCACUGGCUGACUCUGGGCCUGCCAUUAAAUUUCUUGUCAUAGCCAGAAUUGGCAGUGGAUCAGUGCCAGAAUAAAAACAAAUAGAAAAAGAUGAUCUCUGCUGUCUCCAGCACAUCAACUGUGCUUUCCAAGAAGAUCUCUACCAACAACCAGUUUGCAAUACCCUCCCUGAAAUAAUAUUACUCUUAUUUCUACGGAGGUAAAGACACAUAUUUUUGUGCAACUCUCAAGAUAGAGCCACUCCAAUGGAUUACAACUCCCUUUACAACCAGCGAUCCCAGUAAAUGUCAUAUUCCCUCACUCCUCCAUAAUGAGAAGGGUAAUUUGACCCUGGCACACUGGAUCAAAUAUAUAGGAAUAUAUAAAGUGUCCUUGAACAUUUAUGUACAAAACACAUUGCAGAAUACACUGAGCCAAACAAAAAUUGAACCAAAACAAAUUAAUUUCACUUGUGUAGAUGAUGUGCCAUGUAAUAGAAUACAUAGCUAGAAUUGUUUUUUGGAACCUCUGUUACUGAGAUUUGAGUCAGGUUGGAUCAGCAUGCAUCUCUUAAAAAUGGCAAAGGUAUGAUUAUCUUGCGUCUGCUCUACAGGUUAAAUUCAUCUCUAUACCAACUCUUUCUCACCCGAGACUUACCGUUCAAUCGCAUCAGAAAUCUUGGCCUCAAAACAGUGCAGAUUAAUGUCAGUAACCUGUCUGAUUUAAUUUCCAUCCGUAACAUGAGAAGAAAGCCUAGAUAUCGGAUUCACUUGAACUGAUUGUCUGGUGUUUCAAUGGCACUAAGAAAAUAUGCUUAAACCUGCCAGGAUGCAAAGUAGAUUUCUGCCAAAUGAAAGUUUGGCUGCUUUUUAAGUGCAUGCCUAAAGUUUUGUGGAUAGCCAUUUCUGCAAAUUAUAUGUUACAGUACAGCCAGCAAGUUUCCUGAUUCCUUCAGUACUUUAAAUAUAAAUGCCUACACAGAAAUGAAAGUUUUGGUAUUUCAAUGAUUUGAGAAAGAAAAAUUAGAAAUCUAAUGAUCUAGAAAUGUUAUCCACAGUAUCAAUUCAGUAUGGGCAGAAAGAGGAGAUACUCCUGUUUAAAAUGUUUUCUUGGAGAUUUUUUUUAAUUAUCUUUUUUUUUUUACAGGUGUUAUAUUACACAGUAUUGCUUUAAAAUAAAUUUGUGUACUUCCAAUUGCCCCUUUAAUACAACAUCUGGCAGAAAUGUCUGUAUCAAUCUUCAAAAAUAUUGCUCAAACUUCGCAUUUUUUGUAAAAUGCCAGGGCACUCUGAAUACUGAGGAACCCAUUUACUCGACUAUUAAAAUCUAUCUGUAUUUCUAACAGCAUUGCAGAUUUUUUUUUUUUUUUUACUAAACUUCCUUUGAACUGUCAAUGUUCACAAGUGAGGUUUUUGAUAUUGAAUAUUAGAAUGUAAACAAAUCUGGUAAUGAAUACUUAAGUACAAAAUCUCAGAGGUAUUUUUGUGAUUAAGGCGACACAAUUUUUGUACAAAAUAAGUUUGAUCUAAAAACGCCCAGACUAUUCGAUUAAUAUGGGCAGUAUCAUGUUGUACACAAAAAUUCUAGUGUGUGAAUAGAUAUUGGCAUAUCUGCUUUUGUGAUUAGACAAUACCCUGCUUGUAUAAUGAAGAUCACUAAUAUGAUCCUUAAGGACUUCUGUUGUUAUGUAGGUUUCUUUUAUAAUACUUGCCAGACUCUCUGGUCCCUUAAUUUUCUUUGAAAUAUUUUUGAUGAAAAACUUUAAAAAAAGAAACAGGGGAGUCUGGGAUGCUGCACAGAGACACAUGAAACUGCAAUACCAUUGUUUCCAAGAAUUUUUGAGCAGAAAAAUGCUAAGUGUCUGCAGUUCAAUGUUUGGUUCUAAAACAUGGCCAGAUGUCUAGAAAGUGAAAAGAAAUUGGAAUUGUGCAGAGAAAUCUGAUAGACUUAAAGAGACAUUCUUGGCAAAAAAGAAAGAAAGAAAGAAAAGAAAGGAUGGUGGAAGAUAAAGGAGGCAUUUUGAAUAUUGUAAAAAUGUAAUGUGAUUGCUCUUCACUUGUGUAAUUUCACUUGCAUCUUUUGAUGUGCAUGGGGGAACUUUGAAUAAAUAGAUUUCUGACCACCAA